UUCAUCCGUCCUACAGACAAAAGUGUUGCGCUCUAAAUAGAACUUUGCAAGGAUUGACAAAUAACAAUAAGAAUACUCUACACUGGAGCCUGAGGUGCUGACACGGUUCGUCCUUAGAGCCUGAGUUGUAAACAAAGCUGCUUCGUUUGGUUCUUUUUUUAACACAGAAGCCUGCCACGGAGCCCAAAGCUGUUUUCUUUUCAACGGAAAUAUCCAUCCAUGAGGCACAAGGCGACCUUUCUCACGCGUUGGUGGCGGAAGCAUUCUGUAGAACCCGGCGACGAUUUUCAACAGAGACAACCCACUAAUUCUAGUGAAAGGCAAAAAGACGGUGAGAAACACGUCGAUUUGGGUAACAGAAAUCUGACAGGAAAAGAAAACGAGUUGCAGGCCGAGAUGAUAAACUUUCACAUAACAGAAAACAGAGCAGUGCACGAAACAGAAAAUUACCACGAGGUGGAGCACUUAGUGUUAAGGAGAGGAAAGGUGUUUGAUAUAACAGUCAAAUUUAACAGAGACUACAAUCCGGACUCUGACGUUAUCACGCUCCACUUUGUCUCUGUAGCUGAUGAAGAUAUUCGCCAAAGCAGAAAAACCACUGUGCGCGUCGAGAUUCAGGAUGUCCUUCUGCUCUCGCAAUGGGGAAUGCAACUCAAAGAAGCCAACAAAAAAUCAAUUCACUUGUCAGUCAUAGCGUCGGCGCAGGCGCUCCCCGGUGACUAUGAGGUCAUCGUAGGAACAGAGUCCCUGGACUCUUCUGGAGAAACAGCUAUGUAUCGAUGUAAAAACAGAGAACGGAUUUAUUUAGUUUAAGACUUAGCUGAGGGACUUAGCCGUCUGACGGAAGA